AGCCUGGGCACUCUACGUGCUGGUUGUCUUCCAGUGUUUAAGCAGUGUGACAGCUGGGGAGAUCUUUGAGCUCCAGAAGAAAAUUUUCAAACAUGAGUACCUCAGUGGAUACUACAGAGUGUUGCCUUAUUUCCUUGGGGAACUGUUAUCUGAAUUAAUACCCCGGAGGUUGUUUCCAACUAUUAUAUUUACUUCUAUACUAUACUUCAUGUUAGGGUUGAAACCAGAUGUGGGGGCUUUCUUCACGUUGAUGAUUAUUGUUUUGCUGGUGGCUUAUGCCACCGGUACCAUGGCAAUGAUCCUGGGAGCAGGGGAGAAGGCGAUGGAAAUAAAGACAUUUCUUGUGACUGUCUAUUUUGUGUUUAUGAUGGUCAUCUUGGGUAUGACUCUGAAUUUUGGCACCACAACACCUUGGCUCUCAUGGCUUGAGUACUUGAGUAUUCCUCAUUAUGGCUAUAUGGCUUUGCAACAUAAUGAAUUUUGGGGACAAAACUUCUGUCCAGGACUCAGUACAACUGAAAGCAGUGGCUGUAUCAGCUAUGUGAU